AUGGAUAUCAGUGGAGAGGAACACCUUGACAUUAAACAUGAUGUUUAUAAAAAGCGACUUGAUGCUUAUGGUAAUGUCAUAGAGUCAAGACAAGAUGGCAUUGGAACUCCCAAGAUUGAAAGGCCAUUGCAAAAACAUGGUGGAAGACUUCAACACAAUGAAACAUAUUGUGGUUCAUGUUUUGGUGCUGAAUCAUCAGAUAAGGAAUGUUGCAACUCAUGUGAAGAUGUUCGUGAAGCAUACAGAAAGAAAGGUUGGGCAAUGUCAGAUCCAGACAUGAUUGACCAGUGCAAAAGGGAAGGAUUCCUACAAAGAAUCAAAGAUGAACAAGGUGAAGGGUGUAAUGUAUACGGAUUCUUGGAUGUAAAUAAAGUUGCUGGAAAUUUCCAUUUUGCCCCUGGAAAAAGCUUUCAACAAUCACAUAUGCACGUCCAUGAUCUAAAAGCGUUUCAAAGAGACAGUUUUAAUAUAAGUCACAGGAUUAUUCGUUUAUCAUAUGGAGACUAUUUUCCAGGUGUCGUAAAUCCCCUUGAUGGUGUGAAAUGGACACAAAUAACCCCCACUGGAAUGUAUCAGUAUUUUCUCAAGGUAGUACCAACCCUUUACACAGAUGAUAGUGGACACAGAAUUCAAUCAAAUCAGUUUUCAGUAACUGAACAUUUCAAGGGAGCAGAAGUUGGGCGUCUUCAGACUCUUCCUGGAGUUUUCUUUUUUUACGAACUUUCACCUAUCAAGGUUACUUUCACAGAGGAGCAUGUUUCGUUUUUGCACUUUCUGACUAAUGUUUGUGCGAUUGUUGGAGGUAUUUUCACUGUUUCGGGGAUAUUAGAUGCGUUUAUAUAUCAUGGUCAAAAGGCUAUUACAAAGAAGAUGGAGAUUGGAAAGUUUAAUUGAUGAUGGAAUUGGCUCAUAAAAAUGGCAUUUUUUUGAGAAAGAGAAACAGAUCCCCAUGAAAGAUUGUUUUUAAAAAAAAAAAUUAGUUUGAUUCCGGUUUAUUACAAUCGCUUUAUUUAUUUAUUUAUUGAAGGUAAUAAAGUCGAUGUAAAAAUCUCAUGGGUAUAACAAAUUCAAUGUCAGCGGCUUCAUUUUUUUUUUAAUUAUUAUGAUAAGUAUAUGAUUUUUAUAAUAUACAUGCAAUUGUAAUUUGGUAAAUACUAUUAAUGUUAUGGGCUUAUGGCGUAUUUUUGUG